CAAUUUCUUUUAGUAACUAAAAAGGCCACAUAGGCCUAUGGGCUUCGUAAACUUGGCCCAUUAUAGUUCCAAGAAAGAAACCCUAGUUCCGUCCCAUAUAACUCAUUUCACUUCCCACUCGACGCAGCUUUCGUUUCCGCAACUCUCUUUGCUUCUUCUCUCCUAACUCGACUUUGAUCUCCUUACAAUGGCGUCGGAGAAGAAGCUGUCGAACCCAAUGAGGGACAUUAAGGUCCAGAAACUUGUUCUCAACAUCUCCGUUGGUGAGAGUGGUGAUCGUCUCACUCGUGCCUCCAAGGUUUUGGAACAGCUCAGUGGACAAACCCCUGUUUUCUCCAAGGCGAGAUACACUGUGAGGUCUUUUGGUAUCAGGCGUAACGAAAAGAUUGCGUGCUAUGUGACUGUGAGAGGUGACAAGGCAAUGCAGCUUCUUGAGAGUGGUUUGAAAGUUAAGGAGUAUGAGCUUCUUAGGAGGAACUUUAGUGACACUGGUUGCUUUGGUUUCGGUAUCCAAGAGCACAUUGAUCUUGGUAUCAAGUACGAUCCAUCUACUGGUAUCUACGGAAUGGACUUCUAUGUUGUUCUCGAACGUCCAGGAUACCGUGUGGCUCGUCGCCGUAGAUGCAAGACUCGUGUUGGUAUCCAACACAGAGUGACCAAGGAUGAUGCAAUGAAAUGGUUCCAAGUCAAGUAUGAAGGAGUUAUCCUCAACAAGUCUCAGAACAUCACUGGCUAAACCAAACUUCAAUCUUUAUUGAUUUUUGUUUAUUUUAGCUUUGUUUCAAAGUUUCAGUUUUUACUAUUUUCUGGAUGUUAAAGAAUUUCUUGUUAUAGUAAAACCUUUUUUGACAUCAGCAUGGUAUAAUCUAAAUUUCCAAGAACGUUGGAAGUGUUUUUUCUUCUUCGAA